AUGGUCAGCUUUCGGUAUGGCCGACAACUGGCAAUUAGUAUUGGGUCUCUUGAUAUUGCUCACGACCUGAUGAGCAAGCGAGGUGCCAUCUACAGCUCCCGUCCGCGAUUCAAUAUUGCAUCCGAGAUGACUAGCGGACUGAACUCAGCCAUCAUGCCAUAUGGCAAGCAGUGGCAGAACCAACAUCAUAUUAUGAAUUCCAUACUUGACACCAGCGCGGUUAAUCGAUAUCGCGUUCUAGAGGACAUGGAGAGCAAACAAACACUUUUCGACCUUUUGGCAGCAAGCGACUUUGAAAGCAACAUAUCUCGCUACGCUGGCAGUAUCGUCAUGACACUGGGGUAUGGUAUCCGGUUGGAACACAUAAGUAACGAAAUCCCCGGAAAACUUCUGCAGAUCAACGCAAAUCCUUUCGACGCUAUUGGCAAUGUCUACUAUCAGGUGGUAGAACUUUUUCCUUUUCUCGAUCGACUACCUUCCUUUUUGGCCCCCUGGAAGCGGAGAUGUGCUGAUGUAGAACGACAAACCACUGAGUUCCACAUGAAACACCUCCAGAUAGCUAGGUCAACAUCGACCUGGAACUGGGUCCAGGACGCCUUGCAGACCAAGGCUGGGUCUCAGGUUUCGUCCAAAGAACUUGCCUAUAUCAUCGGGACGCUUGAACAAGCUGGUUUUGAAGCCAUUCUUACAGUUCUGCGUUUGCUGAUAAAGGUCAUUGUUCUGCACCCACAUUGCUUGCAGGAAGCGCAGCGCCAGCUUGACCAAGUUGUUGGACCAGAUCGGCUUCCAUCAUUUGAAGAUCUUCCCCAAUUGCCUUAUAUUAGCGCAAUGAUAAAUGAGGUCAUGCGCUGGCAGCCACCGACUCCAUUUGCAAUUCCUCAUGCCACGACCGAGGACGACGAAUACAUGGGUUACCAUAUCCCCAAGGGUACAGUCAUUAUCCCAAAUAUUUGGGUCAUGUCUUUCGACCAGGAAAUUUUCCCCGAUCCACAUGAAUUCAAACCGGAGAGAUGGAUUCAGAAUUCAAAACUCGAACAUAGUCCGUUUGGAUUUGGACGAAGAAUCUGCUCAGGGCAGCACCUAGGGUGGAAUAGCAUUUCCAUCCUCAUGGCUCGACUGAUGUGGGCAUACAAUAUCACCUAUGCGUACAAGGACGGGAAACGAAUUGACAUAGAUCCAUGGGACAUAAAACUCACAUUUACUGCCUCGUCACGGCCAUUUGAUGCCUCAUUCCAAGUCCGAAGCCCGGAGAAGCAGGGGAUCAUAAAAAGAGAGUGGGAAAAUGUUUGCAAAGAUCCGGUUCAGAUAUUGGAGGAAAUUCGCCCAAAAAAAAGCCAUGUGAGGUUGGGUGUUCGUGACUGGAGACUUUCGGUGUUUACAAAAGGAUUAUGGUGUCUUGUUCCUUUCAAUCUGCGCAAAGUAAGAGAUCGAAGGCCGCUCAGCUAA